AUGAGGUUGCUCUGCGUGGCCGAGAAAAACUCCAUCGCCAAGGAGGUGGCGCACAUCCUCUCGGGCGGCAGCGCGCGCACGCGCAACUCCACGUGGAAGUACGUGAAAAACUACGACUUCAGCUGCAGCGUGCCCGGCAUGGGGCUCUGCGACGUCACCAUGACCGCGGUGUCCGGCCACAUCUUGGGCUCGGACUUCGGGCCCGAGCACGCGUGGGGCAAGUGCCCGCCCGGCCGGCUCUUCGACGCGCCCAUCGUGACCAAAGUCACCGCCGACAAGGACAAGCGCAGCCAGCGCAUCCACGACAACAUCGUCCAGGAGGCGCGGGCCGCGGACCGCCUCAUGAUCUGGACCGACUGUGACCGCGAGGGCGAGUACAUCGGGUGGGAGGUCUUGCACAUCGCGGCGGCCCGCAACCCGCGCUUGAGCGCCGCCAACACCUGGCGGGCGCAGUUCUCGCACCUCGAGCCCGCGCAUAUCCGGGCCGCGUUGGCCAGCCCCAAGCGGCUCGACAUGCGGCUCGUGGAGGCCGUGGAGACGCGCAUGGAGUUCGAUCUCCGCGUGGGCACGUCGUUCACGCGCUUCUUGACCACGUUGUACCGCAGCCGCAAGCUCGUGGGCGACCAGGACGUGGUGUCCUACGGCACGUGCCAGUUCCCCACGUUAAGCUUCGUGGUGGACCGGUACAUGCGCGUGCGCAGCUUCACGCGCGAGCCGUUCUGGACGCUCGACGUGGUGGUGGCGCAGGACACGCACAAGGUGCCGUUCGCUUGGGCCCGCGGCCACAUGUUCGACCGGGCGUUCGUGGCCGCGGUGUACUCGCGGCUCCUCCGGGCGCCGGACGCGGCCACCGUCACGCACGUGGGCACGCGGCCCACCAGCCACUUCAAGCCGUUCCCGUUGACCACGGUGGACAUGCAGAAGUGCUGCUCGCGCUUCUUCCGCAUGUCGGCCAAGCAGGCGUUGGACGCGGCCGAGUCGCUCUACACGGCGGGCUUCAUCCUGUACCCGCGCACGGAGACGGACCGGUUCCCGGACAACAUGGACCUCCGGGCGUACGUGGCCAAGCAGACGCAGGACGCGGCCUGGGGGCCGCAUGCACAGCGGCUCCUCGCGGACGCGUUCCGGGCGCCGCGGGCGGGCCGCCACGACGACAGGGCGCAUCCGCCCAUCUACCCGGUCAAGUACGCGGCGGCCAGCGCGCUCAAGGGCGACGCCCGCAAGGUGUACGAGUUCGUGGUGCGGCGCUUCUUGGCCUGCUGCUCGGACGAUGCGCGCGGGCUGCAGACCACCGUGGCCAUGCAGUGGCGCGACGAGCACUUUUCUGCGGCGGGGCUCCAGGUCACGCACCGCAACUUCUUGGACGUGUACCCGUACGUGGACUGGAAGUCGUCGGCCACGGUGCCCGCGUUCACGGCGGGGCAGGCCGUGCGCGUGCACAGCGCGCGGCUCAAGGACGGGCUGACCACGCCGCCCACCCACAUGACGGAGCCCGAGCUCAUUGCGCUCAUGGACGCCAACGGCAUCGGCACGGACGCCACCAUCGCGGACCACAUCGACAAGAUCGUCGCGCGCAACUACGUGACGCGGCGCAAGGCCGGCAAGACGGAGAUCUUUGUGCCCACGUCCUUGGGCAUCAGCCUCAUCCAGGCGUUCGACGCCAUUCUCGCGGACCGCAUCUCGUUGGCCAAGCCGUACUUGCGGCGCGCGUUGGAGGGCUUCCUCGUGCGCAUCUCGCGCGGCGAGCUCAGCAAGCCGCACGUGGUGCAGCAGCUCCUCCCGCUCUAUAAGGAGGCGUUUUUGGAGAGCAACCAGAAGAGCCUGGUGAUUACGCAGACGUUGGUGGACACCAACAGCCGCAUCGGCGCGCAGUAG